AGGAACUACCGGAGAGCCCAACACCUUUGGGGGGGGGGAGAGGGGAUGAAAAAUAAAAAUGUCUGGCACGGUUGGCACCCCUCACAUACAAGUACAGGUACUCGUACGUGGGUUCAUGUACAGUUCCUUAUCUAUCGAGCGACAACAUGAGCAGAGAGUCGAACACCCAGAUGUAGCAAACUUAUUAGCCCACACUGAGCUCAUCACCGUUGGCAGACCCUCCGAGGUGGCAGAUGGCUAUGGUCACAAUGGUGGAGAAAAUCCAGUUCCAGAUGCAGGAAGUGAGAGUGAACAUGAGUUGCUCUUGGGAGCUAGUUCCCUGGCGGAUUCCUCGCCGUUCGUGCAGUCUUCAGAGGGGAGAGAUUCGGCAACGGAGACAGGGCGUGCUACAGCUUUCGCGUCUAAAGAAGAGGGAGUGUUUGAUGGUUUGAUCGCUCCUUUGCAUGAAAACAGCGAUUCUAGGAGGCCGCAAACUGUGUCGUUGGUAUAUUGUGUAAGUUUCGUUAUUUCUAGCGUGAUCGGCAGUGGCAUAUUUGCCAGUCCAGGGAUUGCAAUAAAUGAGGUGGGAAGCGUCGGUGCAUCGUUCUGUCUAUGGGUUUUAGGGGCAUUUAUGUCAAUCUGUAGCUGCUUGAUCUCAGCCGAGCUAGGCUCAAGUUUCCCGGACCAGUUAGCGGAUGCCAGAUUUCUGCACGAGGCUUUUGGCGAUGGUGUAUCGUCAACGUACAUCUGGACGGUCCUCGUCAUCGAGAGCAAUGCGGCUUUGUCCAUUCAAGCUCUGGUCAUUGCGGACUACCUCGUUCCGAGCUCUGUGGUAGGACAGAGGUUACUUGCGAUUGCAUGCAUGGUUAUUUUCACAGGCAUCGCUCUCGCUGGGGUGGCUCUGGAGGAGAAGGUCCAGAUAGGAAUAAACUCAUGCAGGGCGGCGCUAGUGGUUCUGUUUAUGGCGGCAGCAGCAGUCAGUCUGUGGCGUGACCCGUCGAUCGCUUACGGCAAUUUCUUUCGGGGAACGUUUAGCGGAACUAAGUUGAAAGGUGUCGGUAAUGGGCUCCUUGCUGUCCUGUGGGCUUACUCGGGAUCGGGUGCUAUUGUCGUUCUGGCUCCUUUCAUGCCUAGACCUAAUCGGGAUCUGCCAUUAGCACUUGGCAUAGGCAUGUCAAUCAUUAUGAUGGCAUACGUGCUUCUGAUCGUGUCGUACCUGUGUGUGCUUCCCUCAAUGUCAAUGGCCAAAUCCACAGAUUUGGCGAACGAUGUUGCAAAAGGCGCGUUUGGCAAUAUUGCAUCACUCGUGGUCGGCGUUCUUGUGUCCUUUUCGGUUGCGGGGAACCUUCAGUCCAGCUUGAGAUAUGGAGCUUUGACCCUACAGGGUGCCGCAUUUCGCGGCAAGCUUCCGUCGUGGUUUGCUAAAGGGACCACACAGCCAACCGCAGCCCUCUUCUACGAGUGCGCCACUAGCAUCCUCUUUAUUUUGUUAGGUCAUGGCAAUGUCAAAUCUCUUGUGAAUUUCUUCGGUGUACUCUUUGGCAUCUUUGUUUUCUUGACAGCUGUGGCGGCUAUUAAGCUGCGCUUCGAUAAACCCUUUCACACUCGUCGUGUGCUUCUUCCUUUGCCAGAUGGUGAGGGAGCUAUGGCAGAAGGCGACAGAACGGGGGCAGCAGGAGGAGGAGGAGGAGGAGGAGGAGGAGGAGGAGGAGGAGCAAUCCAUGAUGGGAGUGACGGGGUAACCCCCGUCGCCCCAUUCAAGAUGCCCUUGUUCCCAUUGCCGCCACUUGUCAUUCUUGGCUUGUCGAUUAUGUUAGUAAUCUCUUCUGCGAUGGAACAGCAUGUUGGCGCUGUGGUUUCUGUGCUCCUCCUCCUCGUUACAUAUCCAGUUAGUCGAUUACUUAAGCGAUUUCAAUGCUUACCGUGACUGCUGUCUACACCCCAAUAUACUUAAUUUACACCCCAAUAUACUUAAUUUACACCCCAAUAUACUUAAUUUACACCCCAAUAUACUUAAAACAACUUCAAUGCUUAAACAUCUUCAAUGGUUUCCAUCACUACCGCCCAACUUCGCCCGACUAGUUAUACGAUUUCAAGGCUUGACUAUUCGAACGAUUUCAAUGCUUACCGUCACUACCGUCUUCACCUGAAUAGAAAGCGCGGUCAUAAUAGCUGUAUUUGCCACAACUUUCAGUCCCUAUGACCGGGAGUUCAAUUCAGGUGCAGACGGUACGAGAAGCAUGGAGUUUGUACCGUUCGCUUGACGGUGGUGAUCGACUUCCGCUGCUCCAUUCAAACACUGUUGUCCAUACUUAAACACUUUUCUUUUUUUCAACAGUCUUAUGCUGGAAGUUGGACUCAGCGUCCCUUACGUCCAAUAUACACACGCUACAUCCACACUUAAAGCACCACUGCCCCCACCUUCAAACAAUUGUCAGGAUUAUGCAUUUUGCCUGUGGCUCGCGGUCCCCACGGAGGCUCGUGGUCAGGUGUGGUGUGGCUGAGGAAAUCUGGUACCACUCCCACCUCUGCGAUUCCACAGGUGGUCACACAGCAAUGCCCUAACGCACACACGACCUCAGAAUUUUGCACCUCCACCCACUGUAUACAGCAAGUUUUAUAUGGUAGCUACAGGAUGCCAGUGCAGCAAGUUCUCUCUGUCCUCCAUGUUGGUUGUACUGGUGGCUACUGUAGUGUUUUUUCUUCUGACUGUAGCCAGAAUUUUGCACCUCCACGUUAGCUGAGUGGAGGUCCGGUAUGACAACAAUGCUGCGGUCCAUAGUGUUGUGUUCUGAGAGAGGUGCCUGUGGASAGAGAGASAGAGAGAGAGAGAGAGAGAGAGAGAGAGAGAGAGAGAGAGAGAGAGAGAGAGAGAGAGAGAGAGAGAGAGAGARAGAGUUGGUGGCUUUCAAGUGGUUAUUGAGCAAUAAUCAUUAUUGCAUUCAGCAUGCAGUUAAUCCUCUGGCUGUUUUAGCCAGAGCAAUCAAUGCUGCACUGCUCU